GCCGCGCAGCGCGCAUGUCCCCGCCGACGCUGAAGCCUUACAAAUACGCGCGUGAAAAUACAUACGCUCGUAUAUGAAAAGUAUAAAAAGUAAAAAAAUAUUCAGCAGGAACGUUCAAAGAAGCUCAGUGCGACAAAGACGCCUAACGUGCGAAAAAGUGAAGCGUUUUCAAAUCGCGCAGGCUUAUUCGGGAAAAUUAUGAAAGUGAUGUGAAACAUUAGAGGUGUUUCUGAACGGAAUACGUCCGUUUUUCAUGUUUUUUUUCAAGUGACUACAAAAGCUAUUGUUCACGGUUAGAUUUCACAAAGGCAUAAAAGUAUGCUAUAUUGAGUGUUUUUUUGUCGCUUUUGAAUGCGAACAGUGUUGGAAAAAUAUUACAUAAAAGUGAACUGUACUGUUUUAGUAAAGGAACAGCCGCAGAGUAAUUCAGUUAGAUGCAUGUUCAACAUAAUAUACAACGGGUCACAACAUGACGGCAAAGUUCGGCUAUGUUACCACAGCUUGCCGUCUCAGCGAAGAUAUUGUGCCUCCUGAUGGUGGUGAUCUGCGGUGCGGUGCCAUCGAUGGUCCGGUCGGUUCGUCUCUACAACCAGUGCUCGCAUAUGUACGUCAACGUGUUCGCCAACGGCACCGUCAUGGCCCGCUCCGAUGGAAACGACCAUCCGAAUCUCACCAUCAGCACCCGCGGCGUCAACCUGGAGCUGCUCAUCCACUCGCCCGUGCAGGACAUGUACCUUUGCUUCAACCGCUCCAAACUGGUAGGCAGACGUUUGUCCCGAUUUCAAGCGGAGCGACAAUCCAAUUGCCUGUUCAAAGAAGAGUUUGUGGACGGCUACAGUACAUUCCACCUGGUAAAGAACGACGACCGAUACAUAGGGUUCAACCGGCGCGGGCUGCAGCUGCGAAGACUGAAGAGUCGCCUCUCACAGCGCUCCCACAACUGCUUCGCCUUCAUGAAGGAAAACCAGGACUUCGACAUAAGCAGGCACAACACCAUGGUCGCCGCGGACCGGCCCCGGCAUCCGCAGCGUAGACUGCGCCCGCCGCCGCAGAACUCCAUCAAGCCGCCUUGUCACGGGGUGCGCCAUCACCACGGCAGGCACCAGAGGCGGAGGAACUGCGAGGGCACGUAAACCUUUCCAUUAUUAGCAGCAUUUAGCUUGAACGCUUCGCGCGUUUCGUCGCCAGCUGUCGACGGGCCUGUGGACAGAGUAUUAGUCAACUACCGCAGUAUUAUUUCAGUACGAGGACUGGACGACGUUAGGCUAGCCGGCCGCGGUCGCUUCGAAACGCCGAAUGGUAGCUACGGCGAGCGGGAGCAAACAGAACGAGGAAAAAGGCCGGGGCGGCUGGAGAUGUGAAAUUCCUUACGGUCGUGUAACAUCGCGCUCGUUUGCUCUCGCGCUCGCGUACACUCGUGCUCUAAAAGGAAAAAAAGGCUUUCUGAGGAAAGAGCAAACAGUGUCGCUAGUCACGAGUCUUCUGAGAGACCACCGCUGAAUUUUGAUCGACGAGGCAGCUUCGGGACGCGGUGGCGCGUCUCCGUAAAGUUGUUCAUCUAGACGUUUGAUAACUUUCCUAACCUCGACUGCUCCGGCUGGCUCGCCAUUAUUGUAGUAAAAGCGCCUUUACGUCAAUUCUCAGUGUAUUAUUAUUUAAAUGCUUUAAUAUUAAGUUCGGAUCGCGUUAUCUGCUUGUAAAUAUAUAAUAAAAGUACAUAAUUGUGUUUACUUAUUUAUCGAUGGAAAAAUUUAAUGUGAAGUUUGUAAACGUAGAGGUUAGUUUGUAUAGUUGUAUUAAAUUGAUUUGUAUUUAAUUAAUGGGUAUUUAAUCUAUCCGACCGAGCGCUCUCUUGUGAUUAGCCACAGAUAAUGUAACUAUUAACGGUAACUUCACAUCUAUAUACUUCUACCAAACGUUCUCCAAUAUCGAUUAAUGUCGCUACGAGUUUAUGUAUGAUUUGAGCUUUUUGUAAAUAUUAUUUUAAGUGUUUGUUUGAGAGUGAUAGGUACUUGAAUCUCUAUUCGUUAUUAUUUCACUGUUGCGAUAAUAACUGAUGCUUACAUUGAACAAAGGGAAUCGAUUCCACGAUCAUUAAAAUACUAUGUAUUUCUUAAUUCUAAAAUAAAAUCCCAACUUAUGAAUUUAGAUUUUUAUAUUAUUUGCUCUAUCGUUAUUUAUGUACAUUACAUACAGAUAUUCUUUUAUUGCUUACAAAUAUAAAAUCGAGAUACUUGGGCAUUAGUUUUUAUCUUCAUAAACAAUAAAUGUAUCACAUAAAGACAUCAGAAAUAUAUAAAACUAGUUCAUAAAACGUGAAGGAAGUUAGUCAGCCAGUAUAUAAAGUAAAACCGUAUUAUGUUAUAUGUAUAUGUUUUGUGACAAUCCUAUAUAUUAAUUAGUACUGAGCCAUAACUGUUGUAACGUAUUUAUUAGUGGACAUUGUAAUCUUUUAUAUCAUAAGAUCUGUGCCAUAGUGAGGUGGCAGCGUACGACUUUAUGUUCGCGGUGUAAUUAGCGUGUUAAGUUAAUGUCUGUUAACGAUGAUUAAAUUAAAAAAAAUGUUUGACGUAAGACGACAAAAAAACAAAAAUGUAUUCUGAACCCAGUGUGAACAUGGCUUAAUAUAUUGCGCGCAGGAUGGGGGCAGUUGUGAACUAUGCCUUACACCCAAUAUUCAAUGUAAUUGUUGCUACUGUCUACGUACAUUUUAAAUAUAUACAUUCCGUUCAUAUUCCAUUAAAAUAUUCAACUGUUGACAAUAUGAAAUACAUUCCAAAAACUAUAAAUGUAUAAUUACGAGUAAAUGCAUUUAAAUACACAUAAAAAUGUUAUACGACUUUGUAUAUUGUAUCUUCAGUAACUAUGUUUUUAAUUAUUCAGACGCUCAGAACGAAAUCGUAUAAUUGCUAAGACAAAUUACGAAAUUAAAGCAUAUUUA